AUGAAAAAUAAGAAUAAAGUUAAAGUUGAACCAUCAUUAAGACCAAAACUACCAACUAAAGUUAAUAUUAUUGAUAAAGAAAUAAAGGAAGAACUUUCAAAUGAUUCAGGAAUUGUAAUUGAUCAACAUCAAAGUUCAUCAUCAAAAAUUCGAAGUUUUUCACCAUCUUCUAAUCAAGUAACUAUAAAUUUUAAUGAGCAAAACUUAACAAAUUCACAUAAACAUAAACAACGAAAACGAAAGCGUCAUAUUCGGAAACAACAACGAAAACAACUUAUUUAUGAAAAAGAAUUAAUUAAUAAAAGCCAAUCAUCAUUACUAUUUUCUCAACAACAAAAACCACAUAAUUUAUUAUCGGAACAAAAUGAACAUAAACAACAAAACUUACAACAUUUGUUUGAUGAAUAUUCAAAUGAAACUAUUCUUAAAGAAUGGAAACCAUUAACAUUUGAACAAUCCAAUGAAAUUUAUAAAUAUGCUUUUGAUAAAUAUUAUCAAAAACACUAUUAA